AGCCGCUCUGCCCAGCGUCACGGAGGGGGCACCGCAUCCGCUGCUCUUAACGCGAGUCCUCACUGGCAUGGACACCGGAGGAGAGCACUGACCAGCCAGGAACCAUGCCUACUGUCCUCGGUGGCAAAGGGAAACUUUCCGUUGUGUGUUUUCUACUCAGAUGCGCAUAUUCUCAGGUAACAAGAAGCCAACACAGCAGCUGUGCCAAAGAUAUUCUGGAGGACAUGACUCAGUCGUGGCCAUCCCAGCAAGCCUUAGGGGGUGACCAGGCCCAGCGAAUCCUCUAUAACCCUAAGGAAGCAAAAAUACCAACUGCACAACAAAGGCACAGUCGGGGGGAUGUUCAGCUGCGAAUGACCCGUCACCCUCGCGUGGCACCUCACAAAUCAAUGCUUGCUGAUGACCUGAAGCUGAGCAGUGAUGAUGAGGACACUCAAAGGGCAACUCAUGAGUCAGCUUCCUGGGAUGGACUCAGCCUGUCAGCACAGCGAGCGCACACACAUGGCAGGCGGGUGAGACAUUCCAGCUCGGACUCCUCGGGCUCCGACUCCUCCGCCGAGUCAGGCAGCAGCAGCCUUCACUCCCGGAGCCCCAGCCGGAGCCCAGACGCUCACCCCGAUCCUGCGUCGCCUGCCACUGCGCCCCCCCACUGCAACAGCAAGGAGCCUGAUCACCCCUCUGCGACCCAGUGGCAGUUGGAUAAAUGGCUGCAGAAGCCCCGCAAAAAAUCUGCCAGCAGUGACCAGGAUCCCUCCCAGAGCUUUCCAGGACGCCCUCCCUCUCCCCACACACAGAGAGCGCCAUCUCCAGCCAGGUCCUGGGACAGCAAUCAGGAAUACAGCCCAAGUCAAAGCCCUAUCCCGAGCCCACAGUUCAAUUACAGCCACAACAGCCCCCUCCCUAGCCCUGGUUAUAGCUACUGCCCUAGCCCCAGCCCAUUCCCCAGCACCUGCCCCAGUCCUAGCCCAAGCCCGAGGCGCAGCCCUAUCCUCAGUCCAGUUCCAAGUGUUUGCCCAAGUCCGUGUGGCAGCCCGAGAGCCAGCCGUAGCCCUAGUCCAAUACCUAGAGACCCUCCAAGAAGCCCCAGUCCAAGCCUACCUGCUCCUUCCAGGGUUCGGCACCACCCUGAGGUUCAGACAACACAACCUAGUCUAGCAACUAACCCCCACAGGACAAAACACAGGUCAUGGAUUACCCCACUGCCUAACAGCGACACUCAGAGCAGGCCUACAAAUAGCGCUCAUCCUCAGCCACCUCAUCAGCACAGACCCAAGACUCGACCCACACACGACCAAGACCAAAGCAAACCCAAGAACUCUGCUGUUUUAAACUCUAACCAGAGUCACAGCCACAAAUCUAGACCCAAGCCUACCUUUCAGCCAAGUUCUAAACAGCCCUCCGAGACCCCCAAACCCAAACACACAUCGCAUAUUGAGCAAAUCCAGAGUAGUAGAUCCAACCACAACUCCAACCACAAGCGCAGGCUUACGUUUCAGUCCAGCUCACAGCAAAGCCCCACACGAGCAAGGCACUUAGCUCCCACUGCUCGUGAAACCAACUCUGGUCAUAGUUCUCAUUCCCAAUCUCCCUCUAAACCUGUUACUAAUCCUAACACUGGGUUGAACUCUAGAUCUAACCCUAGCUUAAAACCCAGGGCCAAGCCUUCGGAGGCUGCAGCCCCAACUCCUGUGCAUGUUAACCAUACAAAAAAGCCACAGAAGAAACCCCAGUUUAAGGAGCAGGAGGUGGAACGCAGAGGAGAUCAUCUGAGUCAAGCUGACGGGAGAAAACACGAGAGGAAAGAGGACAGGCAUCGGGAGAAACAACAAGGGAAACAGGAGAGAAAGGAAGACAGGAGGCUGGCGGAGGAGCAGCUACUGAGACGUCCCUGGAUCCAGAGUUCUGCGGAAGAAGAGGAGGAGGAGGAAGAGGAGGAGGGAGAGAUAGAGAGGCAGAGACAGAGAGAGGAGACAGCAAGAGGGGAAAGCAGGAGGAGGAGGGAGCAGCAGCACAGACUCGAAUGGCAAACAGUGCAGGCCAAGCAGAGACUGCCCACCAACACCGAGCAACACCGCCUGCAAGACGACUCACACCACCAGGGGAGGACAAAGAAGACAGGGAGGAGUGAGGAGGAAAGAGAGCUACAGCGAGACCCGUCACCUCCUCUGUCACGUUCCCCAACUCCUCACAAACCAUCCUCCUCCUCACCCUCCACCUCUUCCUCUUCAGACUCAGACUCAGAAUCUGAAUACCAGGCUCCGGUCACCAAAGUUCCAGCAGACUCUACCUCUCACAAGAGACUCCCCAGGAGAGGGCAACCAGGCCCAGGGAGGUCUGAUGCCAACAGACCGAAGGCGGUCUACCCAAGAGGACCCGUUUCAGGUAACCCCAGUGAGAUCCAGCAGAGUGAGGGGAAGCAAAAACUCUACACCCUGGUCCCGUUUGGUCGAGGUGAAAAAGCCACAGCGCCUUCCCAGCGAGGACUUCGAAAUCUGGUGGUGCAAAUAGACCUCUGUCUUCUCAAGAGGGUCCCGGACAGCACUACUAGUUCCCCUGUUAAAAAACCCUCCUCUUCUUCCUCUUCAUCAAACAAGGACAAGCAAAAAGAGGCUAUGAAACACCUGUACGUCCCAGAGACUGUGACUAAAGACGGCAAAAGGAAACGCAAGUUGGAGAAUGGUGUGUCGCACAGAGAGAGCAAGAGGAGUAUUCCUUAUGCACCUGACCCCUCAGGCCGCACGGAAGCUUCAUCUCACACAGCUGAGCAGAACUUUGUGAUAGAGACCACACACAAUGGAUACUUGGAGGAGUACUUGGACAGCAAGAGACCAUUGUCUCCGCUGUCCCCGCUGUCCAACAGCCCUGAGUCCACCAAGCCACCCCCUAAAACGAAGACCUCAGAGCAGCAUCACAUCCACAAGAACAGAGACAAGAAUAGAGACUCUGCUGUGAAGCCCAAGAUGGAGGUGGAGUGUGUAAAAGUGUCCAGACAGCCCCAACCACCAUCUGAGUCCUGGGGCCCUGCAGGACACAGAGGGACUGUGCCAAACCAUGAAACCCCACACCAUGCUGAGUACUACUUACACGAAGCUAAAAGGAUGAAGCAUCGUGCAGAUGCAAUGGUGGACAAGCUUGGCAAGGCUGUGAAUUACGUUGACGCUGCUCUCUCCUUCAUGGAGUGUGGGAAAGCGAUGGAGGAAGGGCCUCUGGAGGCCAAGUCUCCGUAUACCAUGUACUCAGAGACAGUGGAGCUCAUUAGGUACGCAAUGAGGCUCAAGAGCCACUCUGGCCCUGGAGCGAGACAGGAAGACAAACAGCUGGCGGUUCUGUGUUUCCGAUGCCUUGCCCUCCUUUACUGGCAAAUGUUUCGUCUAAAGAAGGACCAUGCACUGAAAUACUCCAAAGUUCUGCUCGACUACUUCAAGAGUUCUCCCAAAGUGCCUUCUACACCACCCUGUUGGAGUGACUCUGGGAAGAGUGCUGGAGGACCCCCGUCUUCACUCUCACCCAAUGCAAAACACCCCAGCCGGGGUUCACACGGGGGCAGCACCUUCCCUUCUCUCAUAAGCAUUCCUCAACGCAUCCACCAGAUGGCAGCAAAUCACCUGAACAUCACCAAUAGUGUCCUGUACAGCUUUGAAUACUGGGAGGUGGCAGACAACCUUGCAAAGGAGAAUAAAGAGUUCUUCAACUACUUGAACACUCUCUCUGGGCCAUUGACUCUUCACAGUAGCAUUGCUCACGUUGUCCAAUACACUAGACAGGCUCUUCAGUGGAUACGCAUUAGUGCCAAACUUAACUAACAAAGAGAGGAUUUACUGUAACCUGCCCACUGGAUCUCCAGGCCUCAUUUGGAGGAGACAAAACUCUGGAUCUCUAUGCAGCUGACAGGACAGCACUAAUAUCUCCUGAGCUGUGGAGGAAAUCCCACGGAGCCUGAUCAUCCUCAUAGGAUGCUGGGGUGCUUUACUGUGUGCGAAGCUUUCUGAAGGAGCGAUCCGUUAACUUCUCACAGAUGAACUGCCUUCCUCCACCUCAUUGGAUUCAUCUGAACAGUCAUGUGUGCUAUGGAUGUGAAGUCUAUGAUCAUUUGCCAAAUGUCCCACAGUGACAGAAACAGGACUCUCAUACUGUUGUAUGUGCAAUUUCACAUGUGAAUCCUUUUUCGCAAUUAUCCAGUGGACUGUUUGUCUGGGGCCAAAACAGGAGAAGAUGACCAAUUCAAUUGUAAACCACUUUCUCCAAAGUCGGAAACAUUUCUGAAUCUUUUUCUAAUGAAGGUUUUAAAGGUUUUGAAUCUCUGAUGUUUCUACUUUUAUGUGUUUUUACUGUGCAAUAUCUGUUUUUGAGAAAAAAGAGAACAAAGCCCAGUGAAAAAAUGAUGUUGGUGAGUCUAGUUGCCAACAUUCAAGGUCCCUUUUAUGCAAAGUGUAUUUCUGUCCCUGUUUUGAGUGUGGGAUGAUGUAAUUUAAUGAAUAAUGAAGUUGAAGAGGUCACUCA